AUGCGGUGCUCCAACUGUCGAAUCCUGCUGGCGCUAGUCGUCGUUGACCUCGGCUCAAGUUCAUCCGGUGCGGAGAGGCGUCCCAAUCCUGGAGCAGGGCUUGGAUUGGGGCACUUGCCCGUCGACGCCUUGUUCCAAGCAGCCAUGACGGUACAAGACGUGAGCGAAUCAGUGGGACAGCACAUUCAGCAGCUGCUGGAGCCGUUGGAGCGGUGCGGGGCCCGAACGUUCUCCUGCGUGCGAGAGUUGAUGUCGAUACCCAGUCGGAACCGGAUGGCCGAUCACGUCGGGCGGCCAGAAACCGCGCUGUCUGCGCGCACCCAGGUUGACUCUUCUCGUCGCGACGCCUGGUUGAGGAUUGAUUCACGAGUCCCACCUCAGCGUCGCGGUGCCGAGACAAACGAAGGGCUGCGCGAGGCACUUUUGGCGGAGACGCGGUCCGUUCAAGCCCCCCCGGACCGACGACGUUUUCGAGGAGGGUGGAUCGGAUCAAUCGGCAGACGGUUCGGAUCCGGCAUUGACGGGGUGCGGGACAUCGUGGAAGCGGCCGCGGGAAACCAGCCCGAGAUCCACGCGGAGGAAGCGGCGGAGAGGCUGAGAGGGAUGCUCGAGAGGAACCAACGCGAGCUGAGCUGGCACGUGGCCAGGGCGAACGGGUUGUUGGCGAAGUGGGCGGCUCAGGCAGCUGCAGAGGAACGGCGGCUGGAAGCUAGGCUCUCGAAGAUGAGGGAAGGGCAAAUGGCCGCUGUCUCCGAGGUCGUUACGACGGCAGAGGGACACCUCCGGCGGGCGGCGCUGGACAAACAGAUACAGGGCGUCCGCGAGGAGUGGUUCGAGAGACAGGCGGUACUGAGGGAGCAGCUCACGAGGCGACAGCAGGACAUCGCAGAGAGAAUGCGCGCCGUAACGAUCGAUUCCAAGAUUAUGGCCAAACUGUACGACGAGUUCUUGAUGGGGAAGAAGGCGAAAAUCGACACGUCCGUCGCCAACGAGGACAGCUUCCGAAGGGCGCUAGAGCUUAUCCUAGAGGAUACGGAGGAGGGUGGGUGGGAGCGCGUGGUGAGCACAAGAAACGGUGCCCUCUCGGUUGAGCGAAAAUUCAUCGGGAAAAACUCCGGAGGAAGCAAGUUCGCGUGCAUCCGUGCGUGGUGCUCCAUGGACGUUCCCGCGGAGGCCAUAGCGGAGAUGAUGGAGUCAUCGGAGCGGGUCAAGGAGUACAACAAGUGGUUCUUGGAGGGACGCGACCUGGAGUUGCUGGACGAAAACACCAAGGUGGUUUGGGCGUCUAGCCCUUCUCCCUUGCCCUUCGUGAAGCCCAGGGACUUCGUGACGGUGGUCCACGUCCGAAGGCUCGAGGACGGCUCGAUCAUCGUGGUCAACAGAGGGUACAAGCACCCGGAAGCUCCGCCGUCGACCGAGUACGUGCGAGGAGAGGUGAUCCUUGCGGCGAACGUCAUCCGACCGGACCCUAAGGACAGAAAUCGGACGCAAUUCACGCUCCUCACGCAGGUUGAUCCAGGAGGGAUCGCGCCCGCGUGGAUUGUCAACAAAAUUAGCGCCCACGAUCCUGUGGACUUUCUCGAGAGGGUAGAAACAGCGGCUGGUCGUUCUGAGUCGGCGAAGAGAUCCCGCAAGCCGAAAAGCCCGCCGCCAGCAGUCUCGAGCAGCAGCGACGUUUCGGCGCAAUCACCAGCGAAACACUCGCCUGCAGGGGCCAAGGAGAGGAUCGAUAACGGGGGCAAGCUCAGCGAAAGGAGACGGUGACCAUGCUGGGUUUCCCGGAGGGCAAGGAGGUCCCUACCCAUCGGGGUGCCUGCGAUUGAUUUAGGGGCAGGACUUCGCUAGAGAACUACCGUGGUCAACCAAUAAGCACCUGGUUUGGAGCUGCAAGCAAGGUGCCGUUCGCGAAACAGCCAGCUGUGAAACGAGCGAACCCACCGAGAAGGCACUGAAAACAUUACAGAGUCAGCGGUAGCCUUAUAUAUGACUGACGGAUCGAUACGGUCACGAUGGCCGUGGCGUUUGGGAGUGUUUGAUGAGCGCACCGGCCGCAUGGCAGUUCCGUCAACAUACAUAAUUUGGAUGGUGUGUUCAUGUUGUACAGCAGACGAUUCGUUUUCGAACGGCCCCCUUCAUCUCGCAGCUGCUUGUUUGCACGCAACGUGCAGCAAAGACCACAUGUACGAAUAUUUAAGGAGGGAAAAAUUCACUAUUGAAAUUCACUCGUAAUGUAAUGGGGAAUAAAACUGUUGCAGUGGACGCCGUUUUUGAAGUCGUUCUUGCAGCUGGUUUCCCGCACGGCGUGGCCGUUGGUUGUGCGAUGCCCUCGAUGUGAACGUUGUACAUGUUGCGUAUACGUGAAAGUACCUGGAGUUGUAUCCCACGCAGUAUCCUCGGUGUAUAUUUCGAUGCUGCGUUUGUACGCAUAAUGCUUCGAUGAAGGGGGAAGGGUUGGUAGUCGAAUGCUGUUGUCCGUGUGAUGCGAUAACAUGUCACACAAUAUUCGUUUGCAAACAUUUUAUGGAGACGUGAAGCUAUCAUGUUGUGCAUGCGUGGAAUCGCCUGAGCCAUCAAGCGUACGCGGGCUGCAGCAAGUUGUAUAGUAGUGAUGUUACCGAGUUUACGACCGAUGGGCGGGAGGGAACUGCGCCACCAUUGGUGUUGGUGAAAUACCGUUCUGGCCUGCAUUCAUUACUUUGUCGCUAAAUGUUCGUCAGUAGGACAAGCACUUCCUUAGGCCGCACCGCUCGAGAAAACACUGCUGUACGAGAAGCACGCAUUCGGGCGUGGUAGACAGGUGCUGGGAAGGUAUACAGCCCUCAGAAUUCGGAAGUACAGACUGCUUGUCUAGGUGUGGCGUCACGGGUCUGUUUCUUCUUUGUUGGCUGUGCCAAAGGUCGCGGAGUGAUGGUUUGGUGUACGUGGAGUGUCGUUACUGCAUGCUACCAGGUGCGUUUGUCGCCUGCAAGAAUCGCAAAUUUGUGGUUCGAGCUCUCGCAAGAGAGAGAGAAAAUAGGUGCCCGCAAUUUUCUGAUUGGACAGUUUUUUUGAAAGGAAAUUUCUGGGUUGGCGAAAAUUCCCUGGUCGACAUGUGACGUCAGCCACAACGGGUUCACUUUUUUCUCUCUCUCUAGGCUUGUGAUUGCCGUUCAGACAGGGAAAGGGUGGACGGGCGGUAGGUUUCGCGAGGCAUUGUUACAGGGUGUUGCAUGCACCGGUUACUGACGGGGGGCACUGUAACAGUCAAGCGGCAGAAUGAGUUCGUCGCUUGUGUCGGACUGCGGGAUAGAUGCAUCGCUUGUGUGCGUGCUUGUCCGCCCGAUGCAGGAGGAAAAAUUCCGAAAAGAAUCUAGCGGCCUCAUUUGCGUUGCUGUGACUUGAAAAGAGUGACAUUUGUCGUCUUUGGGAAUCGUGAGCGCUUGCCACACCGACCGCAGGCACUAAAACGUCAAUCUGCGACGUCGCUCCUUCACGAAGAAUCGAGGUAGGGCGCAGGACUUCGACGCAAGACGCAGGACUCCGAGGCAAGAUGCAGGCCUCGCCAACCGCGACCGACAAGUUCGGCCGUACAAGGAAUGAGAGUUGCCUGUGUGGUACAAGC